UUCCUUCUCUCUUUCCUGUCGUCGCGGGAACGGGAUUGGGAUCCGUCUGAGCCGCGUAGUCCGAUUCCAGGUCCAAAUCUUUCUUUUUUCCCGUAGUCUCCAGUCCAAAUUUCGCGGGACUACUUGUCGUUCUUGGAUUCGGACUCAUUUCCUACUCGAAUUAGAGCUGAGCUGAGGCCUCGGUAGGUGGGUUGUGCUUCCUAUUAUAUAUACAAGUGCUGCCUGCCCCCUGUUCCUGCUAGGUUGAACUAAAGCUGUGCGGUUGAUAGCUGCGGAAGCGAUUCAUCAUUCAGAAGAUCCGAUUUUGCAAUUUCUCCAAUGGGGACGUGUAGCUUAGUGAGGAUGAUGAGCUUCCUGCAGCUAGACUUGAGAAUUUUGCGUACGCUGCUGGCUCUUUCUCCACCUCCCGGUUCACAUUGGAAAUUCAGAAAACACCCGCCAUUUAUGCUGAUGGAGACCGAGACUGUGGUGGAAAUAUUGCCAGAGCCGCCGCUGAUGGAGACCGAGACUGUGGUUGAAACACUGCUAGAGCUGCCGCUGGAUGUAUUGAUGGAUAUCUUUUCCCUCCUGGAGCUUCCUGACCUCAUUCGUGUGAGCUCUGUCUGCUCCUUUUGGCGCUCUGCAUAUAGUACUCUACAUAACCAGCUUGGGCAAUAUAAGCGGCCACAGACACCUUGCCUCCUCUACGCCUCCGAAUCCGACGGUGAGAACGGAGCUUGUCUCUACAAUCUUGCAGAAAAGAGGGUCUACAAGCUAACUCUUCCGGAUCCACCUAUCCGCAGUAGGCAUCUCAUUGGGUCCUCCCAUGGCUGGUUAGUUACUGCUGAUGAGAAGUCCGAGCUUCACCUUCUCAAUCCGAUCACUGGUCAACAGAUUGCCCUCCCCUCGGUGAUCACCAUUGAGCAAGUAGAGCCGAUCUUAGACAGUGCCGGUGCAGUUAAUAUCUAUAAGAUGUGGGAUUUAGAGCAGGACGAUGAUCUGAAUGAGUUUUCUGACUGCCUCUGCAUCAGGGCUUUUGUGUUUCCUGAUCCACCCACGGGAAGCUACAUUGUGGUUCUCAUCCACAAUCCAGAGCAAUAUCUUUCGUUUGCAAGGGUAGGUGAUUAUAAGUGGACCUCACUGCCGGGUGAGAACUAUGAACAAUGCAUCCACAUGGAUGGUCUAUUGUAUGCAUUCACAGACACCGGAGGAGUCUAUACUUUUGAUCUGACCGGUCCUACCAUCACAAGGAAUAUCAUUGCAGAGGAGAUGGAGAAUUACAUUAGUGCGACUGAUGGGCACAUGUACGUUGUUCAGGCUCCAUGGGGUGAUAUGUUGCAAGUUUGCAGAGACACUGAACGCACAGCUGAGGGGUUCACAAAGACUAAGAAAAUGAUGUUAUAUAAAACUGAUAUGGCAGCAAAAGAGCUUGUGGAAAUGCAUGGCUUGCAUGAUCAUGUGUUGUUUCUUGGGCGUAGUCAGUUGCAAUGCCUUAGUGCUGAGGAAUACCCGCAACUGAAGACAAAUUGUGUUUAUUUCACAGACGACAUGACAUAUAUUUCGAAGUAUAAGAAUGAUGACCGGGAUAUAGGUAUUCUCAACUUGGAAAAUGGCAGCAGGGAAGAAAUUGUAUCUCAGCUUUGGUGCAACUGGCCAAAUCCCAUAUGGAUAACACCAAAUCUCAUGAGGAUGAAUAUGUGAUUCUACAAAUAGUUAACUUAUUAUAUUUAUAUACGUAUUAGAAACUGUAUCAUAGCCUCAUAGGGCUGUGUUAACCAAAAUUCCUAAUUUUGUGGGCAAAUGCUAUGAAAACAGAAGCAUGUUCUGUAUCUUCUCCAUACUUGGUGUGCUAUAUUUAAUUGGCUUUUAUUUUCCGUAUCUCUUGUUUGUGUUUCAGAGUACAUUUCUAUGGUACUAACCUUCUCCAUUUAGGUCUAACAUAGAACCACACUAUUUGUUUUUAUUUUUUGCACAUAACCAGUUAACCACAUGUUUUUAGGUAAAUCCCAUUAUGAUCAUUUCGGUGUGUAUGUUCAUCCCUGUAUUUGAUGGAGAGGCUGUGAUACACCGGGCAUCUUUUCAAGUCUUCUUCUAACAAUUUGUACUCCCCUCUUUUUUUUUACUUAAAAAAUAGGAGAGGUCAAUAAGAUAUUAUGAAAACUGAAUGAGCAAUGGAAGACAAGUUUUCCAUCGUCAAAAGUUCGCAAGCAAUUGGCAAGCCAAAAUAUCACUGCUACUGUUCCAACUUCUAAAUUUUUGCCUGUAGAGUUUUUCCAGUCAAAGUUGUAUCUACACGUGACCGGUGUUACCAUACCGUUUGUCUAUGUAAUACUUAUGUCGUAUAAACAGGAGUAGUCUACAUAUGGACCUAAGAUACCGAAACAGAUAUAUGGACCCGACUACUCCUGUUUACAUUUCAGAAUAUAAAGAGGAGUACUCUACUUAGGUCCAUAUGUAGACUACUCCUGUUUACAUUCAGAAUAUAAACAUGAGUAGUCUACAUAUGGACCUAGGAUACCGAAACAGAUAUAUGGAUCCGACUCCUAAGCUAGAUAAAUCUAUGACUUGCAUGAUACCAGCAACUAUCUACUCUACAUCAUGCAGUGUAGAAAAUAUCCAUAAGAUCAUAUCUUUCCUUUCUUGUAUAUGAGCUUUCUGUUUUUAUUGUAGAAGCUGAGGAAUGCCUUUUUUUUCCCCAGGGGUAUGUUGUAGAUGGAUGUUGUGGCACUUUCUGAGAAUGCACCUUGAGAAGAUGGUGCAAGGAGGAGCUGUGACGACAAAUCGAUCGCUGUAUUGUCAGACCGGAGACCAAGUUACAAGAACUUGCAGGUUCUACAUAAUCAUUUCAUUCCUCAUCAAUUCAGUGAGCUAGAAGAGCGGCAUUGGCAGAUUGAACUGCAAAGGAAUCAAGUGGAAACACUUGCCAACUGGAAUGUACUCUACCAAGGGCGCCUACAUAUAGAUGAUACAUGUGUCUCAAAGAAGUUGAAGAAUACAUACAGCAUCACGCCAAUAACAUACUCUGAAGCCUCAAACGGGAGGGUGGUGCUUUAAUGGCAGGUUGGUGUAUAAACGGAAGGGUGGUGCUUCAAGAGGUCAGUUAAGCGUGGAAAGGGCUUUUUUUCAAGACCGAGAGGCAUCUCUACAAGGGUGAUCUCAAGGAAUGACAGAAACUUGGUGACAAGAGUACAAGAGCUGAUUGAUCCAGUGACAAAUGUAUGGGAUGGGCAGGAAAUCAUCAAAAUUCCGGUCCAUGAUCAAUUUGAUGAUCAACCUGCCUGGCACUAUGACAAAAGAGGCUUAUUCCCGGUUAAAUCAGCCUACAAAGUGGCUCGAGAUAGAAGCAAAGCACAUGAAUCAUUUCGAGGAUUGGCAACAACGUCAAAUCCUGCUACCGAUAAUCAGGUUUUUUAAUGAAAGAAACUAUAUAUGGGGACUAUCUUUACCAAACAAAGUACUGCACUUUCUCUGGAGGUUAACCACCACUAGUUCGCCAAUGUGACAAAAACUAAAAACGAGAGGCGUGGAUGUAGAAACAAGGUGACCUCUUUGUUUCAGGUUGGACGAAGACGAAGGACUACUUCAAGCUGUGCAAGGUGCUUGGAGCUGGAAAUUUGUAAUUUUUUUCUAACGCUGUGGUGCAUGAAAUACAGUAGUCUGUCUUUUAUUAUUUUUGAGAGAAAUUGGCAGUGGAGAAUGUGUAGUUUCAAUAGAAAGAGGCCCUGGUCUGGUCAUGCCAGGCCUGAUACAAAACGGAACUAGUCAUGAUCAAUGGGCAAUCUGCCCAGCUCAAUCUAUGCUAACUUGUGUAAUUGUUGUAGAUGCAUUCAAAUCUGAAGUUGGUGUUAA